AGACAGAAUGGAUUCUCCUAUUUAAAAAGAUCCUCCCUCUGUCACUCCUCGUCCGCCGUGGUACGUCGUUUUUUCUCCCAACCGUGUGUGCGCGUUUCGGAAUCGCAAAAUCUCCCUCUCUCUCUCUCUCUCUCUCUCUCUCUAGAUAUCGUGUAGAAAACUCGACUGAUGAGGGAGAAGAAAUUAAGCUGAAUGCUUAAUUUGGGGUUUUAAUCAUGUGAUUGGGAUUUUUCGGAAACAUUUUUUCAUAUCUGGUGGAGCGACAUGGGCUAUUGCCCAUGUUUCGGGUUCAGGAAGGGGAGGAAGCUCGAGACCGGUACGGACGAAGCCAAAGACGACAAAACCGACAAAGCCGACAAGAAGAAGACGAUAAACAACAAACCUCAAGAAAAUGUGACUCAAUUGUCAUCUUCCGAAGAUGGAAUUAAUGGCAAUAACAAGGCUCAGACAUUCACUUUUCGUGAGCUUGCAACUGCAACUAAAAAUUUUAGGACGGAUUCCUGUAUUGGAGAAGGUGGUUUUGGGCCUGUGUACAAAGGGAAACUGGCCUCUGGUCAACAGGCUGUUGCCGUAAAAAAACUUGAUCAGACAGGUCUUCAAGGAGAAAAGGAGUUUCUGGUGGAGGUUCUCAUGCUCUCUCUCUUGCGUCAUUCUAAUCUUGUCAGUUUAAUUGGUUACUGUGCUGAAGGAGAGCAGCGCCUUCUUGUCUACGAAUACAUGCCGUUAGGGUCCUUGGCAGACCACCUCCAUGAUCUUCCACCGGGUCAGGAGCCAAUUGAUUGGAAUAAACGGAUGAUGAUAGCUGCUGGUGCAGCCAAAGGAUUGGAAUAUCUUCACCAUGAGGCUGAUCCACCUGUGAUAUAUAGGGAUCUAAAAUCAGCCAACAUUUUAUUGGGUGAAGAUUUCUUCCCAAAGCUUUCCGAUUUUGGGCUUGCAAAAUUUGGUCCAACAGGAGAUAGAUCGCAUGUCUCCACCAGGGUCAUGGGCACCCAUGGCUACUGUGCUCCUGAAUAUGCUAAAAGUGGAAAGUUGACGGCAAAGUCUGACAUCUACAGUUUUGGGGUAGUAUUGCUGGAGCUGAUCACUGGACAUAAGGCGGUCGAUAGCAGUCUUGGUCGUGAAAAACAUCUUGUUGAGUGGGCACGUCCGUUUAUGAAAGACCACAAGAAUAUUGCGCAACUUGCAGAUCCACUUCUUAGAGGUCGGUUUCAGGUAUCAAUAUUGAGGAAAGCCUUUGAAGUAGCUUUCAUGUGUCUCAGGGAGGAUGCCAGUACCCGGCCUUCCAUGACUGAAGUGGUGCUUGCUAUGAAUUACUUGACCUCCCGCCUGUAUAGCGAACCAGAUGAGAACAAAGUGGUUGACAAAAAGAAUUCAGAGCCUAACACUCCAGAUGAAACGACGGCUAUGUUGAAAAAGGAGUCCGAAAGAGAGAGAGCGGUUGCAGAGGCCAAGAUGUGGGGAGAGACUUGGAGAGACAAACGAAGACAAGGUGCACAAAGUACUGAUGAUGACUUUAGAUAGCUAAUUGGAUAGUGCAAUAUCUGGGUUGAAUUUACUUAGAAAAUUUUCUUUUCUUGUGGAAGUUUUAACUUUGGCUGAAUUGAUGCCCGAAGUAGUUUUAAGUCAAUAUGCAAUAGUUUCAGAUUUGUUUUCUUCAAAAAUGCGGAACACCGCAAAAUCAUGAGUUCAUUUUGUUUCGGGGAAUAACUUUUGAUACUGAUAGAGAGCAGAAUCGAUUAUUUGAUUGGAAAUUUAUUUCCCCAAAUGUUUGACUUGAAAUCAGGAACUCCCUAGAUAAGUUGUUUCUGAAUGCUGGUGGCUCAGGGUCUGUAACUCUAUAAUACUACUAGAUCUGCUUCGAAGAAGCUCAGAAAUUCCAGGCCUUGGCUGAUAUGGUGUGGUUAGCAACGAUGUCCCAAGGACGAGCUUCAACCUUUGGUCUGCUAUCAAAGUUUAGAGGGCACGGUAAUUAUGGAGUCCAUGGAAAACGUAAGCAACUGCAUUCUGCAGUCAAAACGCUUCGCCUGGUGGAGAUUGUGAAUGAGAACGAGCCUCCCAUGGUUGUGCUGUGCAUGUACUCGUCUAGCCUUCGACUUCUAUGUUUUUCGAUUAUUCAGGAACGGAGGCCUUCUGUGGAAUGUAGACAGAAAAAGCUUGUGGUGCUCAGAGAUUGUGCGUGCCUUGAUGCAGUCUUCCUUUUUUGUCCGUUGAUGUUGCCCUCCGUGCAAGCAAAGGGUUUUGCUUCUACUGUAUCAUGUAGUCAUGACGUGGUUAAGUACAUUGACAUUGUUAGUUAUUUCUGUUUUAUGUUGGUAUUCAAACCUUGUGAAUUAUUA